AUGGAGAGUGCGUCGAUGGGGCCUGCGAUGGGGCCUUAUGAUGGGUCGCUUACCUCGACCCGACUAAUGAAUUCCCUGAAGAAUAGUGGUGCUAGCCCUGUGAAGACUGAAGAGCCUUCUAGCCUCAACGGCCUGUUGCUCAAGUACCUGCCACUGUGGUACAGACUGACGCCUGCGCCAUGUACUACUCUCGAGUCUCGAGUCUUGAGCCGAGUCUCGCCAACAGCCCUCCACCUGUGCUACCGCCGCAAUAUUGAAUCAAACCCUGCUACUUACUACCUCGCGUCCGAGGGUGGUGCAAGUGUCCUACCCGCGCUGUCGUGA